ACUCGGAUAAUCCAAAGCGCAAAUCUCACACAAAUCUGCAAAAUCAAAAAUAUUUUUUUUUAUCCAAAAGUAGGCAAUGGAAACGGUUAUGGAAGAUGAAGAGUACAAUUGGAGCGAAGUGAAGCUUCAUUCUCUCAUACCCGUAGUGCCGGAGCCGGAGCUCGACAGAGAAACCGGCGAACGGCGUCGCGGCCGUGAUAUAGUGAUCGCUAUAGAUCAUGGUCCUAACAGCAAACACGCUUUUGAUUGGGCCGUUACACACCUUUGCCGUCUCGCCGAUACGCUUCAUCUCGUUCACGCCGUCUCCAGUCUGAAAAAUGAGAUUGUUUAUGAGGCUACACAGGGACUCAUUGAGAAGCUUGCUGUUGAGGCUUUUUCGGUUGCUAUGGUGAAGACAGUGGCUAGGAUUGUGGAAGGAGAUGCUGGAAAGGUAAUUUGCAAGGAAGCAGAAAGGUUGAAGCCUUCAGCUGUGGUUAUGGGAACCAGGGGACGUGGCAUAAUCCAAAGUGUACUGCAAGGAAGUGUCGCUGAGUAUUGCUUACACAACUGUAAGAUAGCACCGGUCAUCAUAGUUCCUGGAAAAGAAGCUGGGGAAGUCUCUGUGAUUUAAUGGAGCUUUCAAAGUUUGAGGAACUUACUCUGAAUUGAUGUCCAUCCAAGUAAUGCUGAUUAGGAUGAUAUAGUGGCAGCAGCUGUAUUACUAGUGGCAGGUUCUUCCUUUAUAAUGUCCGUGCUUAUAUAAAAAGCUUAUGCUAUCAUUGAUGUAAAGUAUUUUUAUCUGGUUUUAAAUUGUGCUUAUUUUAUGUCUUCAGUAUUUAAGUUUGUUUAUAAUACCAAUUUAUAUUGUGAA